ACCCCUUUAGGCAAGGGCCCACACUACACUUGUAUCAACGUUUUGCAUACUUCAUUGUCCAAGCCGUAUUUACUAUACCAAUUUUUCAGGCAAAAUGUCAGUGGGCGAGUUUACCGCGAGCAAUAUAGCUAUGGACAUGGACGAGAAGGAGAAGGCCAAGGGAUCAAUUGUGGACAUGGCAAAGCUCACUGCUGAUAUCGCAGCACAGAAGGAAAUCGCAGCUAAGGGGCAACGAGCUCAAGCCAUUGAGGGGCUGCUGAAUCUAGAGAAGAGCAGCCGUCUGGCGGAGGAUGUGACAGCCACGAAAGCAUGCUGCUCGGCAAUCCUAGAACUGUGCUACGACGCGCGCGACUGGCGCGGUCUGGAGGAGAAUGUGAUGCUACUGACAAAGCGUCGGUCGCAGCUGAAGCAGGCCGUCCAGGCCACGGUGCGGCAGGCCAUGUCGUACAUCGACGCCAUCCCGGCGGAAGACAAGGACACGCGCGUGUCGCUCAUCAAGACGCUGCAGGCGGUCACCGAGGGCAAGAUCUUUGUGGAGAUUGAGCGCGCCCGCCUGACCAAGCGGCUGGCGGCCAUCAAGGAGGCGGAGGGCGCGGUGGACGAGGCCGCAGACAUCCUGCAGGAGGUGCCCGUGGAGACGUUUGGCGCCAUGGCCAAGACCGAGAAGAUCGCCUUCAUCCUGGAGCAGGUCCGGCUGUGCCUGGACAAGAAGGACUUUGUGCGGGCACAGAUCCUGUCGCGCAAGGUGUCGCCGCGCGCCUUUGUGGAGCGCAAGGGCGAGGGGCAGGGCGAGAUCGGCAUCGAGGGCACAGCCAUCGAGGAGGCGGACAAGGGCACGCCCGCGCUGCCCGAGCUCAAGCUGCGCUACUACCAGCUGCUCAUCCGCUACCACGUCCACAACCACAACUACCUGGAGGUGACGCGCUGCUACCGCUCGCUGUACGAGGCGCACUUGGAGGGCGGCGCGCCCGCCGACACCUACCUGCCCGUGCUCAAGGCGGUGGUGUGGUACCUGUGCCUGGCGCCCGCCUACUCCACAAAGGACGGCAGUGCCAGUGACCGCGCCACACUGCUGCAGGCCACCGUGUCGGACAAGCGGCUGGCCGACUCGCUGCCCACCCACAAGGCGCUGCUGGGCACCUUCACCAACACCGAGGUCAUCCGCUGGACCGCCUUCGAGGCCGCCUACGGCCCCGAGGUGGCGGCGGAGGCGGGCCCGGGCGGCGUGUUCGCGGAUUCCAAGCGCUCCGAGGACCUGAAGCUGCGGGUGGUGGAGCACAACGUGCUGGUGGCGGCCAAGUACUACAGCCGCCUGCGCACGGCGCGCCUGGCCGCCAUUCUGUCGCUCACGCCCGAGCAGAUGGAGAAGCACGUGUCGGACCUGGUGGUGGCCAAGGCCAUCACCGCCAAGAUCGACCGCCCCGCCGGCGUCAUCACCUUUGCCGCGCCGCCCAGCGCCGAGCAGCAGCUCAACGGCUGGGCGGGCAACAUCGCCAAGCUGCUUGACAAGGUGGACAAGGCCACGCAGCUGAUUGAGAAGGAGGCCAUGGUGCACAAGGUGGUGCUGGGCGCGGCGUGAGGAGGAGGGGAGCGAGGGGGAGGAGGAGGCUGGGGAGGCUAGGUGCUAGGCGGAGACGGAGGAGGGGGAGAAGGCCAGGCGGAGGUGGAGGCUAGGCGUGAGGAGGAGGGGGAGGCGGAGGGGGAGGCGGAUGGGGAGGCGGAUGGGGAGGGGGAGUCUAGGCGCUAGGGAGGGGGGGCUAGGUGCUAGGGAGGAGGCGGACGAGGAGGCGGAGGCGGGCGAGUUUGAGGAGCACAUGGUGCGAUGCAUGGUGCAUGGCCGCGUGUUGCAUGCGGCGGGGGGACCGUCCCGGCGAAAGGCACAGGCCGGGGGUGCGGGGGGGAGGCGAGGCCGGGUGUAGGGUAGGGGUGACGUCGGGGCAAGCGCGCGAAGGGCCCGGGGGUGGCCUGCAGCGUUGUCUCGCGAGGGUCAGACAUGCGGGAUGCGACAGCAGGUGACGAGGCCGACAGGCCUGUAGGCAAGCAGCGGGCGAGGAGCGGGCGGGGUUUUGCACAAGCGUUGAAGUGCCACGCCAGGCGCUGUCGUGGACACUUGACACUGGGCAGCGGCUGGCUGGAAUGCGGUUGUUGCGGUUCUGUGUAUCAUACUGAAAGAGGACCUGCAGUGUCGACUUGCGCCCCUGGUUUCUUGGCGGAAGUCGGAACAUGGAAACUCCUUA